AUGGUUAGCCGCCGCUCCACGCGGCGGCUCGCCCUUUCGCGCCCCCGCGGCUCGCAUCGGGCCGUUCGUGACGUGGCUGCAGCUGGAGGGGUCCCGCGCGCGCCCCUCCUGGCUCCGCCCGCUGCCCAUUGCCCCGCCGCCGCCCCCGCAGCGCCAGUCCCUCUCCCACAGCUCCCCCUCAACCCCUCGCCACCCUCCCAACGCGUCGAGAACGCCCGCGAGAGGCACUCGUUGUUGCGCCAGCCCCAAGGAGCUCCCCCCUCCGCCGCAGCCCCCCCUGCGGCCAACAACGCCCCAGCCCGGGCCGAGCACCUCCACGCGCACCUCUGGCCCAGCCUCCGCGGACACCCGCCCCCGCACCUCGACAGCGAGGCCAUGCACGCCCACGGCGCACUGUGCCAGCGGAGUCGCGGGCCGGUGUGCACGGCCACCGCACGGAUACCACGGCCCCCGGGCCGCGCCGCCGCGCCGAUGCAGCGCGGCGUGCGCGCGCGCGUCGCGCUGCGGCCCUCGGAGCAGCUCCCUACGCCCGACGUGAUGGAGACGGUGCUCCCGGACAGCGGGGGCGCCGAGAAGGUGGCGAACGCCGUGAGGGAGCUCGCGCCGAAGAAGGGCGGCUCGGGGCCGUCGAAAGUGCGGUUCUGGGCCGCGUGGAUGAAGCCCUGGGCGCUCCUGUAUCCCGACCUCCCGCCUACCCUGCUCCCGUGGAUGGUGGUGGCGCAGUGCUACCUCCUGCGCGCGCGCACGCUGCGCGCCGACUACUACCAGGGCGGCGAAACGAAGGCAAUCGUGGGGAAGAUGAUGCAGGGCGCCGUGGGCUUCGCGGCAGCGGACACAAUCGCAACUCUGCUAGCCGGGGGGGCCGAGGACGCAGGAACGCUCGUGUACCGCGUCACCGCGACCGCGGUGUACGGCAGCGUCGUGGCGGGCCUCGCCGGGCACCACUGGAACAACUGGCUCGACAGGUGCGGACCGCUGCGGCCCCAGGCUGCCCUCGACGGUUGGCGGCCGUCGCCAGCCUGA